AUGAAGACCGAGGAGCAGAUCCAGACGUCCGCCGCGGGCCUGCCCCGGCUGACUUCCACGACCGAGCGCAAAUUGAUGGCCAAGAUUGACUGGCACAUCGUCCCAUGCCUGUGCAUAAUGUAUUUGCUGGCUUUCUUGGAUCGGGUGAACAUCAGUAACGCUGCGGUGCUCGGACUGCAGAAGGAUCUCAACAUUGUCACCGGCACCAAGUACAACACUGCAUUGACCAUCUUCUUCGUGCCAUAUGUGCUCUUCGAGAUCCCGUCCAACCUGCUGCUCAAGAAGCUGAAGCCGCAUGUGUGGUUGUCCCUGUGCAUGUUCGGUUUCGGCCUCGUCAUGAUCUGUCAAGGAUUGGUGACUAGCUGGGGUGGAUUGGUAACCACGCGCUGGUUCCUGGGCUUCUAUUUGCUCGGUACGUGGUAUAAGCGAAGCGAAGCGCAAAAGCGUUUCAGUUUCUUCUUCGGCUCCACCACCCUGGCGGGUGCCUUUGGUGGCCUCUUAGCUAGCGGUCUCGGAAAGAUGGCUGGCCUACGAGGCUACGGCGGCUGGCGAUGGGUUUUCAUCAUCGAAGGCGUUCUCACGUGCGUGGUUUCCUUCGUAUGGUACUUCAUCAUUCCUGGGUUCCCAGAGGAUGUCAAAUGGAUCAAUGAUGAGGAGCGAAGGUACAUCCAGGCAAAGCUGGCUCAGGAUGUGGGCAAGGCCGGACACAAUGCCCAUAUCGGUUUCCGAGACGUGCUGGAUGUGUUCAAGGACUACAAAAUCUUUAUUGGCGGGUUUAUGUACUUUGGUCAGGUCGUCUCGGCCUAUGGGUAUGCCUACUUUGCACCGUCUAUCAUCAAGACCUAUGGAUACGGAGCCAUCCAAACGCAGCUGUACUCGAUCCCACCAUGGGCGGCCGCCUUCGUCUUCUCAAUGAUCAUUGCGAUUCUAUCCGAUAAAUUCAAGCAUCGGUUUGCAUUCACCUUGGUUCCUAUGUUGGUCACCAUGGCGGGAUACGGGAUCCUCUUGAAUGUCCACGGCGUAGCACAUAGGAACGUUCAGUAUGGCGCUCUUUUCAUGGUCACCUGUGGCACCUACAGCGCAAUGCCCGUGAUUGUCUGCUGGUAUGCUAUGAACCUAGGCGGCCAUCGGCGACGCAGUGUAGGAACAGCAUGGCAGAUAGGGUUUGGGAACAUUGGGGGGUUCAUUUCGACAUAUGCCUUUCUAGCGAAAGAUGCACCUCUCUACCGCAAUGGAUACAUCAUCAGUUUGUCCUUCCAGUGCUUCUCGGCUGCCUGCUGCAUUAUCUACUUCGCAGCGAUCUGGGCUGCAAACAAGCGACGUGACCAGAUUAUGGCCAGUAACACCCCGUCGACACUGCUCGACGACGAGGAAGAAAUCAAGGGUGAUCUGGCAGUGACGUACCGAUACGCGUACUAGAAAAGAUGUCCUUAACAAGCGAGAAUUGCUUGUUGCAAUCUGGGAUAGACAUUUAUCUGGUCAUUUCCACCGACAUCCACGGAGUAGACAGAUAGGGCUAGGGCUUUUGAUUGACUAUGGGAGUAGUGGAGAGCGGUGAGGCGAGGAUAUGGUCUUGCAUGCAGCAUUAUUGACCG